GAGGUCACCUCUCUUUAGCGCUCCCUCAUUCUUAGGCGUGGCCUCCCGGAGCGCCACGGUCCUAGGCUGCUCCGUUGCGUUCUUCUGGUUUUCAAUAAAGUUUUCCUCCCUGUACGGAGCUCAAGAUGGCGGCCUCCUGGUCGCCCUUGGUUACCCUGCGCUCCGCCGCUCGCAGCCGGCUGACUGGGCUAGGUGCUGGGUGCGGGGCGCGGGCCGUCGCAGUUCCCCCUCCGACCCCUGGCCCUGGGAAACCCUUUUGGAAAGCCUACACAGCCCAGACAUCCGAAGGCCUGCGCCCAACAGCGGCUUCUGUGGUCCAUUCAAAAGCUUUGGCUGUUUGCCGUGGACCUCUGGACCACUAUGACUUUCUGAUCAAAGCUCAGGAGCUGCGGGACGAUGAACAUCAAAGAAGAGUGGUUCAAUGUUUGCAGAAGUUACUGGAGGACCUGAAAGGGUACAGCAUAGAGGAAGCAGGGCUCUUCCCCAAGCUUUUUUCAAGGAACAAACCUCCAAAGGGCCUGUAUGUUUAUGGAGAUGUCGGUACAGGGAAAACAAUGGUGAUGGAUAUGUUUUAUACCUAUGUGGAAAUGAAGAGGAAAAAACGGGUCCAUUUCCAUGGCUUCAUGCUAGAUGUGCACAGAAGAAUACAUCGCCUUAAACAGAGCUUGCCAAAAAGGAAGGCAGGGUUCAUGACUAAGUCAUAUGACCCAAUAGCUCCCAUAGCCGAGGAGAUCAGCCAAGAAGCUUCUCUCCUGUGUUUUGACGAAUUUCAGGUCACUGACAUCGCUGAUGCCAUGAUUCUGAAACAGCUUUUUGAAAAUCUGUUCAAAAAUGGGGUCGUCGUUGUGGCAACAUCCAACAGACCACCGGAAGAUCUCUAUAAAAAUGGACUCCAGAGGGCUAACUUUGUACCAUUUAUAGCUGUCCUGAAGGAAUAUUGCAAUACGGUCCAGUUAGAUUCUGGGAUAGAUUAUCGGAAAAGGGAACUCACUCCUGCAGGAAAACUCUACUACCUCACAAGUGAGGCUGAUGUGGAGGCUGUCAUGGAUAAGUUGUUUGAUGAGCUGGCCCAGAAACAAAAUGAUUUAACUAGACCAAGGAUUCUAAAAGUGCAAGGCAGAGAGCUUCAGCUGAAUAAAGCCUGUGGAACCAUUGCCGACUGCACAUUUGAAGAGCUGUGUGAAAGACCACUUGGAGCAAGUGACUAUUUGGAACUAUCAAAGAAUUUUGAUACAGUAUUUGUACGAAACAUUCCACAAUUUUCACUUGCAAAGCGGACUCAAGCUCGGCGAUUCAUAACUCUCAUUGAUAACUUCUAUGACUACAAGGUGCGCAUAAUUUGCUGUGCAUCAACUCCUAUCUCAAGCUUAUUCUUGCAUCAGCACCAUGACAGUGAGUUGGAGCAAAGCAGGAUACUGAUGGACGACUUGGGGCUGAGCCAGGACUCUGCAGGGCUCUCCAUGUUCACUGGAGAGGAGGAAAUCUUCGCAUUUCAACGCACAAUUUCCCGCCUCACAGAGAUGCAAACUGAGCAGUACUGGAUCGAAGGGGACAGAAGCCAGAAGUAAGGUCACUUUCACAAGAAUAAAAACCAGCAACUGGUGAAGGCUGCGAGACGGCAUUGUGAGACUUGACGAAAUCAUCUCUUCAUCAUUGAUUAUGAACUUUGUCCUCUAGACUCUGGUCAUCUAAGGCAUGUUUUGGCUGAAGUCUGGCCUUUGUAGAUCCAUGUUUUGUCCAUUUAUUUGGACUUAUUCUAUAUCAUAAAAUGAAAUCACCACUCCUGGAGAUUACUAUAAAAACUGACAUGUUAGCACCUGACUGAAUCUUGACCAUACAAACGCACAGGGAUUGCCUGGGCAUCUCUAAGCUUUGGCUCCAUAGUAGUCAUACCUUAGAAAUACACUUGCUGUAAGAAGCAGAUGGAGUCCUACUUUGCAGUUUAAAACAAAGAAAACUUUCUGGACAUAUAAACUGAAGGGGAAAGCAUUUUACAUUGGCCUCUGUAUUCAAAUUGGUUGGUUAUGAAUUGCAGUCACUUCCAGGGCUUGAGGUUUCCUCAGUGCUACAGAGAAUCUGAGUCUAACCCAUAGAUAGAUGCAGGUUGGCCAGCAGUCCGUGAUCACAUGAGGAUGUGGGUUACAAAACCAUCAAGGAAGGAGCAAGUGGGAAAUUCCAACAGUCAGGUCUCCCCUCUGCCAGCCAAGCAGGGCAGGUCCUAGAAUGUGACUGUGGGAGCAUGGAAGGAGGCAGAGCCACACCAGCAGCAGAGUGGACCCCACCACCAGAGGCACCCUACCCUGGUCACCCACACCGCUCUCACUGCAGUGUUCACUGCCUGCCCUUGAUGCUGAGAAUGCAAAGGGCUGGACCUCGUGGGAAACAGAAGAGAACUCUUGACAAAGCCCUAAAUAAAAGCUGAUUUCUUCUUCA